GGCUGUGCACAGCUGACAGUCAGGCGGGCGAGGGAGCCUCAAGGAUGGCGGCGUCCGGGUCGCUGAUCCUGCCUGAGAGCCCCAGCAUGAAGAAAGCAGUGCCACUGAUAAAUGCCAUAGACACGGCAAGAUUCCCACGACUUCUUAGCCGAAUUCUUCAAAAGCUCCACCUGAAGGCUGAGAACAGUUUCACUGAAGAAGAGGAAGAAAAACUCCAGGCUGCAUUCUCUCUAGAGAAACAAGAACUUCACCUGGUUCUGGAAACAGUAGCAUUUGUUUUGGAACAGGCAGUGUAUCACAACGUGAAGCCAGCGGCACUGCAGCAGCAACUAGAGACUAUUCAUCUUACACAAGACAAAGCGGAAGCAUUUGCCAGCACCUGGUCGGCCAUGGGUCAAGAAACGGUUGAGAAGUUCAGGCAGAGGCUCCUGGGCCCUCACAAGCUAGAGACAGUGGGAUGGCAGCUUAACCUGCAAAUGGCUCACUCUGCUCAAGCAAAGCUGCAGUCUCCUCAGGCUGUGCUGCAACUGGGGGUGAGCAAAGAAGACACCAAGAACCUGGAGAAGGUUUUAGUGGAAUUCAGUCACAAGGAGUUGUUCGAUUUCUACAACAAGCUGGAGACCAUACAAGCACAGCUGGAUUCCCUCACGUGAUGUUCUCGAGGACUUGCGUCGCCAUCACAUUCCUCCCACCUCAUUCUUUCCCAUGCAGAGAGACUGCCCGAGUAUAUAUUUUAGAAGACCAGCAACCUUAUUCCUACAGAUAACAUGGUUUAUCACUCAUUAGAUAAAUACCAGUGAACGAGAUCAUAAUAAGAAUGCUGGGGUUUCUUUUAUACCUUCUCUCCUCACGUGAGCCAAGAGCAAUUGUUGAGAAAACUUUGAAAGAAAUCAGAAGUGAAUGCCAUAUUGUUUUUUCUGUCAGAUUGCUGCUUCGUUGCUUCUGCUCAAUCUUGAGUUCAUGGAUCAAUGAAGGUCUGUAGGCAGAAGAUAUGAUGUGUGCCCUAGCAGAAUAUGGAGCCUUAGCAAUUACCUUGAUUAGGGAAGUAGCCACAGGCCACCAAAUGUCUCGGCAUUUCUCCUACAACUUUAUUUUGC